UGCUGGAGCCAGCCGGCAAGUUCCUUCACUCCCCCCCGCCCGCACGCACGCACCACUCCGCUGCUCAAAACCCCCGCACCGACCGAGGCAGGGCAGAACCUCGUGGACGAACACCGGAGCGCACAGAGUAAUGUCAGUGCCUGCGGCGCUCACUAGGGGAACCCACAGUUUCAGGUGCCGGUAGCCGUUCGAGCCUCGUCGUCGUUCGCGUCGUGAGGAGCGGGGACUUCCUCGCCGUGUUGCUAUCUCUCUUCUCAGCCGGUGACAGUUAAAAAGAAAACAUGCCUCAGAAACAGAAGUCAAAGUCGUGGACGGAGCUGAAACAGGCCGGUAACGAAUGCUUUAAGACGGGCCAGUAUGGAGAGGCCACGGCUCUGUACAGCCAGGCAAUCAAGGAGCUGGAGAAGUCCAGUAAAAAGAGCCCAGAUGAUUUGGGCAUUUUGUACUCAAACCGUGCAGCCAGCUACCUGAAGGAAGGCAACUGUGGAGAAUGUGUGAAAGACUGCAACACGUCUCUAGAGUUGUUUCCGUUCAACGUGAAGUCUCUGCUUCGUCGCGCCGCUGCCUACGAAGCUCUGGAGCGUUACAGGCAGGCGUACAUAGACUACAAAACUGCUCUGCAGAUUGACUGCAACAUAGCAGCUGCUCAUGAUGGCACCAACAGGAUGACAAAGGCGCUCACAGAGGCAGACGGUCCAUCAUGGAGAGAAAAGCUUCCUCCCAUUCCCACAGUCCCUCUGUCUGUACGGGAGAAACUGGCCCAACAAACUGCAGCCAAGACCACACAACCAAACCCCCAGAACCCCACACCACAGCAGAACCCCACGCCACAGCAGAACCCCACGCCACAGCAGAACGGCACCAGGCAAACAAACAAACCCGCUCCCAGUGAUAAAGACAGAAAGAAAGGCCAGACCCUGAAAGACGAAGGCAACGCCCUGGUGAAGAAAGGAGAGCAUAAGAAGGCCAUAGAGAAGUACACCCAGAGCCUCAAACACAACCCCACGGAGAUCACGACCUACACCAACCGGGCGCUGUGCUACCUGUCAGUGAAGCAGUACAGAGACGCCGUCAGGGACUGUGACGAGGCUCUGAUGAUUGACAGCAGCAAUGUCAAGGCUCUCUACAGGAGGGCUCAGGCUCACAAGGAGCUCAAGGACACCAAAGCCUGCGUGCAAGAUCUGAACAGCCUGCUGAAAGUGGAACCAAAAAACACGGCCGCCCUGAAGCUGCUGCAGGAGGCGCAGAAGAAGUAGCGAGAGCACGUCAGGGACUCUGGAGGCAGCGGCAAGGAUCAGUCACUGCACUGCGCACAGAAAAGGAAAGAGCCAGACCACGCUGAUCGUGUUUGUUGUAAGAAAUCAGGUGAUGGGGUUAAAAAAAAAACAAAACAAAAACAGCCAAGCAGUGACACGAUUCAACCCGCUUUAAAUCAAACACCGGGCCUGUGUUUCCCAUGAAGCUCCUUUGACCCGAACACGUUUGAUCUGUUUACUCUCACUCGAACAAACACGAGCUCGGUCUCAAGACGCUUCUGGAAAACGCAGCAGCUCUGAUUGGUUGAGGGUUUGUCAGGAGCGAAGAGGCGCUGCCAAUACGAGCCUUAGACAAGACCAGAGGUAUUUGCUUCAUACAUGUCUGUUGAAAUGAUUAGCAAACCCUGAUUCACGCCCUGUGAAUCAGUCACUGGAGCUUCACUGUUGAAA